GGGAAAAGGUCGUGGAAGAAGCUCGGAAAGCUGUGGGCGCAUUCCCAGCUCUAUCGGGUGCGACAACUCCAGGAGGAUCACCUCUUAAUGUUCAUACGCCUCGGCCUUCAAGCCAGACACAUAAGGUCAUGUCUCUAAAUUCCAAGACGAAGAAGGUCAUCGUUUCGUCCUACACCAGUACGCCUGUGCCAUCACGUCCAGUUUCGCGAGCGGAGGAAGAGGAGGAGGAACCUGAAAGGGUUCCAGCACCUCCUCUCGUGCCUAGCUAUACCAUAAAAAGACCCCCCAAUCAACCAUGGCAAAAUACGAGAGGUGUACAAGCUCAGUAUAUACCACCUCCAGCGGAUAAGACGGUGCAGAGCAAUGUGGCUACCAGCACGGAAGGUUCUUCCCGAAGAAGAAGACAGAAGAAGGGUACUAGACCUAACGAAGAGACCAGUCAGGCUGAAGCAUAGAUAGGAAUGGUUUUUUCGUUGAUGUUGUGAGCAUGUAUAGCUGUAAUUAUUGCAUCUUGAUAUCAGAUA